UUUUCCCUUGUAAGUUUCCUUGCAGUUUAUCCCAGUUAAGUGGAUUGUUGGUUUAUAUUUUUUAUCUUCUUGGUUGGGAUUAUCUUUGGUAUAUGGUCAUUAUAAAUUUGAAUACUGAUGCUUUGGCUUGUCUGGUUUUUUACUCUAAAUUUGUUCUCCUGGAAGGUUAUAUCUUCAUCUUUUGUAUUUUUAUGGGGUCACCAGUCUGUCUGAGCUGAAAAGCAUUUUACCUCUGGUGCAAAGAAUGAUAUAUUGAUUUUUUGGAUCAUUUUUUUCAAUCUUCAUCAUUCAAUUGCAGUCCAAACAAUCCAUCUCUUUUAGGAAUGAAUGUGGGAGGUGGUGUGCACGUGAAGUUGAGACUUAGGAGGCCAAACAGAGAUUGGGAUUUCUUUCCUUAUGAUAAAAUUCUUGACACGAUGCUUCAUGAGCUUUGCCAUAAUGUCCAUGGUCCCCACAAUGCCAGCUUCUACAAGCUUUGGGAUGAACUCCGAAAGGAAUGUGAGGAGCUAAUUGCCAAGGGAAUAACAGGCUCAGGAAAGGGGUUUGAUCUUCCAGGGCGACGUUUGGGUGGAUUUUCACACCAGCCGCCUCCACCUCUUCGCCAAGCGGCAAUAGCUGCUGCAGAGAAUAGAGCACGUUUGGGAUCUUUACUGCCAUCUGGACCUAACCGUCUUGGAGGGGAUAGCACCAUAAUGGCUGCACUUAGUCCAAUACAAGCUGCUGCAAUGGCUGCAGAAAGAAGAUUACAAGAUGAUAUUUGGUGUGGUUCUCAUUCUUCUGAGUUUUCUGGCGAUGAAGAAGGUUGCCCUGAUAAUUUUGAGGAUCUUGUCAAUAUGGAACAAAAUAUUUCGAAUUUGGGAGACAAUGGUGCUUCUGGCGAGAAUCGUUUGGAUGCAAAAUCACAAAAAAGAAAUCACGGAUCAGAUACCAGGGAUGAUAGAUUAAAAUCGAAUGUUAUAGAUUUAACAGAGGAUGCUUUAAAGUCCAAUUCUCUUGAUCAUGGUGCCAGUUCGCCCAAAAGGAGUUGUAAAUCAUAUAAUUCAGCGCCUAAUCAACAGACAUCUCAACCUGAUCGUAGUUUUAUGGAUCUAUCAUCUGGUUCCACUUCCAGGUCUCCUCUUAUGCAAAACGAAGUACAGAGCAUGGAGAAAUUUACUAUGUGGGAGUGUGGAACAUGCACUUUACUGAAUCCACCAUUAGCUCCAGUUUGUGAGCUAUGUAGUGCGGCGAGACCCAAAAACAUUUCUAUCAAGUACAAAAUCUGGUCUUGUAAGUUCUGCACUCUGGAGAACAGUGUGAAGUUGGAUAAAUGCUCAGCUUGCGGUCAAUGGAGAUAUUCACAUGGUGCGCCUGUAUCGACCCGAGGUCCCAAUCUCGGCACGUGACUGAUACAAUCAUGGGAUUCCAUGAGCUGCCAUCUCUUCGUGGUGGGUAUGACUUUUUUGGUUUUGUUUAGCCAACUGAAGUAAAGAUAGAGCAGAUUCAUAACUCAGGCAAUCAAAACCAUCAUACCAUCUGCUCCAAAUGACCAUGACUACAUAGUUCUAAGCCUGUUAUAAACUAUUGCGGAGCUUUAUAUCAUUUCUUCAUGUGAUUAGUUUGGGAUGUUCAGCAGUGCUUAGUUUUAAUGCUUUUCUCGCUCAAAUUAUUUCAAUCAUCGCGGUAGAAAAAGAUAAUUUUUAGCGAAGAAUAAAAAAAAAAAAAAGGUUCAUUCUCAAAAACCGUAUAAGAUUGACGGUAAAUUCAUUUGCGAAAACAGUAAGUAGCUUUUGAAGAUCAAGAAGGUAGUGAAAGGAAGCCAUGUACGAAGAAGGGAAGAGACUUGCUUCAACUGCAAAAUGUCUUAAUGUGGUAAGUAAUGAAUAUCUCUUAUAUUCUUAAUAUAAAUAAAUAUCUCUGUUUAUAUAUGUGUAUGUAGUGAUUGAAGUAGUAUACGGCUGUUUCGCCUAUAUGUUAUUCUAUACCAAAUUUUUGGAUCACAUUAUUACUUGCAAAUAUAAUGUAUGGUUUGGGGAUUGAAA